UCCUGCGGUCUACCCUCCCCGAAGGAGCUGGGACUUUGGCCGUGGGUUCCGCCGCCUCCGGAGCCCUCGAAGCCCUGGGUCCAGCCGCGGUGAUAUGGGCGGGGGCGGCGGCAGGCCUCCCGCGCAGCCGCGAUGCUGAGCUCCCGGGCCGAGGCGGCGAUGACCGCGGCGGACAGGGCCAUCCAGCGCUUCCUGCGGACCGGGGCGGCGGUCAGAUAUAAAGUCAUGAAGAACUGGGGUGUUAUAGGUGGAAUUGCUGCUGCCCUGGCAGCAGGAAUAUAUGUUAUUUGGGGCCCCAUUACGGAGAGAAAGAAGAGGAGAAAAGGGCUUGUGCCUGGCCUUGUCAACUUGGGGAACACCUGCUUCAUGAACUCUCUGCUGCAAGGCUUGUCAGCCUGCCCCACUUUCAUCAAGUGGCUGGAAGAAUUCACCACCCAGUACACCAGGGAUCAGAAGGAGCCCCCCCAGCACCAGUACUUAUCCUUGACCCUGUUGCACCUCCUGAAAGCUUUAUCCUGCCAGGAAGUCACUGACGAGGAGGUCUUGGAUGCAAGCUGCUUGUUGGACGUCUUAAGAAUGUACAGAUGGCAGAUCUCGUCGUUUGAAGAACAGGACGCUCACGAGUUGUUCCACGUCAUCACCUCGUCCCUGGAGGAUGAGCGGGACCACCAGCCCCGGGUCACUCAUUUGUUUGACGUGCACUCUCUGGAGCAACAGCCAGAAAUUACUCCCAGACAGAUAACCUGCCGCACCAGAGGGUCACCUCAUCCCAUGUUCAAUCACUGGAAGUCUCAGCAUCCUUUUCAUGGAAGACUUACGAGUAACAUGGUCUGCAAACACUGUGAGCACCAGAGCCCUGUUCGAUUUGAUACCUUUGAUAGCCUUUCACUAAGUAUUCCAGCUGCCACAUGGGGUCAUCCACUGACCCUGGACCACUGCCUUCACCACUUCAUCUCGUCGGAAUCAGUGCGAGAUGUCGUAUGUGACAACUGUACGAAGGGGUCCUAUUUCAAGGAUGUCUCCGGAGAGAUGUCUCCUUUAUUUCAGAUUGAAGCAAAAGGGACGCUGAAUGGGGAGAAGGUGGAACAUCAGAGGACCACGUUUGUCAAACAGCUGAAACUAGGGAAGCUCCCCCAGUGCCUGUGCAUCCACCUCCAGCGGCUGAGCUGGUCUAGCCACGGCACGCCCCUGAAGCGGCACGAGCAUGUGCAGUUCAGUGAGUUCCUGAUGAUGGAUAUCUACAAAUAUCACCUCCUCGGACACAAGCCGGGGCCCCGGGGCCCCGAGCCCUGCAGGAAGGCAGGGCCCGCAUUGGAAGUGCAGGACGGGCCGGCAGCCCCUAAGUCAGUUCGGAGCCAGCUGGGGGGCCCCAAAACACAGAUGCUCAUGAAUGGCGCCUGUUCCCCACCCUUCCUGCCCACCCUGCCAGCCCCGGUGCCCUUCCCACUCCCAGCUGUUCCUGACCACAGCUCCUCCGCGUACCUCUUCCAGUUGAUGGCUGUUGUUGUUCACCACGGAGACAUGCAUUCUGGACACUUUGUGACUUACCGACGGUCCCCUCCUUCAGCCAAGAACCCUCUCUCCACCAGCAACCAGUGGCUGUGGAUUUCUGAUGACACUGUCCGCAAGGCCAGCCUACAGGAGGUCCUGUCCUCCAGUGCCUACCUGCUGUUUUACGAGCGCGUCCUUUCCAAGAUGCAGCACCAGAAUCGGGAGUACAAGUCUGAAGAAUGACUCUGCCCUGGCCCCAAAGCAAGAGCUGAUGGCACUGUCCAAACUCUGUGUGUGUGUAUGUGUGUGUGUGUGUGUGUGCGCGCGCGCGCACAAGCAGCCCCACUAGAGUCCUACAGCCUUCUGGUGUGUUCUAAGAGCAGCGGUGCCGGGGUAGGAAAGCAGGCAUUGUGUCUAGAGCGUCUUGUGACUCACCUGAUACAGGUAAUUAAAAGAAACCAGACUCCGAAAGCCACCUUUUCUAUAUUCUGAUACGUUAGGUGUUCUCAGAGGGGAGUUAACUUUGUGUGAUCCUCUGAGCUUUCAGCAUAGAUCUUUUAUUUUUAAUAAGCAGGCCCAUUAAAAAAUGGUUGAAUUAGUGAAGUUAUUAAAGGCAACAGUUUCAAAGAAAAAGUGCCUUUCACUUUCAAUUGCUUUUGUUAGCAGGUCCCUUAUGGAAAAUACACCUCAUCUGAGCGUCAUAUAAACAAUUUUUGAAAAGCUCUGUUCCUUCCAAAGUUACCGAGUGGAUAGCAAAAGAACAGUUGAAAGCUGCCUAAAGCAUACCGCCUUCUCCUUUUGUAUGUCUUUUUCUAACCUUUCGAUUCUUUAUAUGUAGUAAAAGCUCAUUUGCCAAA